UAAACAUUACUGUUUGCGAUUUUUGAUCAAAUUCUUUAAUUUUUUACAUAUUUUUAUUCAUAAGUUUUAAAUUCAAUAUGGAAAAUGACGAAGACGAACGAAGGUCGCGAAAGAAAGAUAUGUUGAAGAUGUAUUAUGGUGUAAAUGGCGCAGACAGUAAUACGGCGGUCGGUAAUGACCCGUUGGACAUCGAUAGCCCGCAUUUUCAUGCCGAAAACUAUUUAAGAAAGAUCAAACAGGAGAAAUCUUUAGCCGAAUUGAUGGAUGCUGAAAAUGACAUGGCAAAACAAAUACGAACAUUGGACAGUGAAAUGCAGACAUUGGUGUACGAGAACUACAACAAGUUCAUAAGCGCCACGGACACGAUCCGAAACAUGAAACGAGAUUUCCGACAAAUGGAAAACGAGAUGGAAAAGUUGACCACCAACAUGUCUAGUAUCACAGAACUCAAUUCUGAAAUUAAUGAAACUUUAAAGGAAAACCGUCAGAAAAUAUCCAAACUUUCUGGAGUGCACUCUUUGCUUAAAAAACUGCAAUUUCUGUUUGAGUUGCCAGCCAAGCUUCAAAAAUGCCUCGAAACUGGUGCUUUUUCAACCGCUGUGUCCUAUUACAUGAAAACCAAGUCCGUUCUUCAACAUUAUCAGCAUAUGGAGUCAUUCAGUGGAAUUGAAAGAGAUUGUCAGGCAAUUAUUAAUGAAAUAGUCGCAAAAUUGAAGCAAACAUUUCACGAUAAGCACUCCAGUGCUCAACAACUAGCAGAAUGUGUUGGAUUGUUGUUACGACUUGGAGAACCUCCAGGUUUGCUGUGUGAUGAAUAUCUUCAACAUUCAAGACAUAAACUUGAUGAGGAUUUACAGGAGCUGGAAUCUUACUUAGUUGAGGAAGGAGUUGCAAUUAAAUCAGAAAAUUCUAACAGUUCCCAUCAUUUAUUGAUUGAUGUGUUAGAAUUCAUUGAUCGUGGAAGUAAUGGUUUCCUUAGUAACUUAUCGCUCACGAUAGCAGCUUAUGAAAAUCUAUUUAUUAAACAAACUGAGAUAACGUCAAUGACGGCUGCACUGGACGGAACUUACAGCCCAAUGAUGCAAUCGGAAGAAGUUUGUAAAGUAGCAAGCAACAAACUGAUGUCAUUUGUCGAGGAAUUGCUCAACUCCUAUUUCCACCUAGUGGAGAAACGCCUCAUGCUCGAUAGACGGUCACGAGACAAUGCUCUCGUUGUACGUGCGCUGGACAGGUUUUAUAGAAGGUCCAUGACUUACUUUGGUCAUGAGUUCAGCAGCCAUGAUGUUCGUGAAGUUAUCAUCGUGAGCUUUCUUCGAUAUAUAAGCGAAUCUUUGUUAAAAUUUUGCGAUCGUUCUGGUGGUCCUCGUUCAGGGACUCCCCCUCCAGCCCUCCUUCUUCUACUAUCAAGAUUAUGCCGAGACUUUGAGCAGAACACGGUCGCGUACGUCCUCACAUUAACGGAUGAACAAUUUGUUAUUGCAAGCAAGGACCGUAAAACUGAGGUCACAUCGCUAACUGCUGAGAUGGGAAAGACGGCACAACAAUUGUUGGAAGGUUUCGUUCACCAGAGUGGUGUCUCGGUGUCACGCAUGAUUCGAACCAGCAUUGAGGCUCGUGAUUGGUUGAGAAGCGUUGAACCACGACAAGUGCGUGCAGUGAUGCGUAGAGUGGUGGAAGAGAUCACACAAACUGAUCAACAGGUUGGUUCUUUAUAUGAGGAAGGAAUUCGAAAAGCUCGUAGUAGCGACAGCAGCAAGCGAACUCAUCCUUUUAAUCAAAGUUCAGUUUCAAGACAACGAGAUAGAAGUCAUUGGGGAGCUUAUGCUGCUAGCUCGACGAUGGACAACAGUCUCCUCAGCAACAUCCAGAAACUGUUCUCGGAACGAGUGGAUGUCUUCGGAGCAGUGGAAUUCUCGAAAACCUCCAUAAUGACAGGGAUUGUGAAGAUUGCAUUGAAGACUUUACUUGAAUGUGUAAGACUCAAAACUUUUGGAAAGUUUGGUCUGCAACAACUACAGGUAGAUUGCCACUACCUUCAACUUUACUUGUGGCGUUUCGUGGCCGAUGAGAACGUGGUACACGGUUUAUUAGACGAAGUGGUCAGUAGUUGUGUGCACCGAUGCGUGGAGCCCGUUGCCAUGGAACCGAGUGUCAUUGACGUCAUAUGUGAACGCGGUUAGGAAAAUGCGGAAGUUAGAUCCAAAAUCUCAAUUGAGUGAUUCGGGUGAUUUUCCGAGCUCAAGCUGUAGCAUUGGCAUAUUUAUUGAUAUCAACAACUUGUUUUGCGACUUGUAUCGGGUUAAUGACGUCCGAUAUUUUAAAAUAGAAAUCGGGGAUUUCAUCGCUCAAGUUUAAAGGUCUGGGAAGUGACAUUUUCUGAUCAUGGCAGCAAAAAAAAGUGAAUGAAUUAAUUUGAAUACCCUUUAAAAUUCGUUUUUGUUUGGUUAGAAUGUAAAAAUUAAUUCAGCAACGAGGUUAUAUUAUUUUAUUAAUAACCCACAAACUGUUGUACGUCGGUUUUGUGCAAUAUACCUUUACCCUAUAUGUGUUCUGUGGGUGCUUUACAAGUACAACUGGAAAGUACGUUUUAA